AGCGAAGAAAUGAUGCCGAGUUCAGGAAAAGACUGCGUAAAGACAAGAAACGCGUUGACAAGUCGAUAGCUUCAUCGGCCGCUCCGCAAAAUACAGUGUCUGCGGACUCACUGCGGGAGGCCUUGGAACGGGUCAAAAAAGAAGAAGUGCCGAUAUCGCCUGCAGAACGGGAGAAUUAUUUUAUGUCUCAGGUGGCUAUGGGUGAACAGCUGGCCCUUCAAGGUCCUGAUUUCCAACUGCCCGCGGCACUCUCGUUCUAUCGUGCCCUCCGCGUGUAUCCCUCGCCGGUCGAGCUCAUGGUUAUCUAUGAGAAGACUGUCCCGGAACCAAUCUUCAAGAUGGUGAUUCAAAUGACUAAUUUGGACGUAACGGCUAAAGUUCAAGGGUAUUAUAACUACUUCCCACCAAAAUCGACCGGCGUUACAAUUCAAACAGAGGACACUCCGGAGGGUCCCAGAAAAUACGUUGUUGUCAAUAAAGAUUUCAAAAAGGGCGAUCUCAUCUACAAGGAGCAUCCCGUUGUCACGGCUCUCGAUGCUGACAUACAAGCUGCUGGAACCCACUGCUCUCACUGUCUACGUCUCAUUGAAUCUUCCAUCUCGAUCAAAUCGUCUUCAGACCCUCUUUUGUCGACUUACUGCUCAAAGGCAUGCCAGCUUUCAUCAAAAUCCCAGUCGCACAACCUUCUCUUCACCACUGAACGACCUCUUCCGCCGGAGAUCCCCAUGGACCCUCCUACACCACAGACCGUUGAAGAACGCAGGAAGGCGCAGGCUGCGUUUGUCGCGUAUCUGCAGAAAGAACGAAAAGCCGGGCCUCUCCUCGUCGCAAGAUUUGUAGCCCGCCAAAUUGCUUUUGAGACGCUGAAGCUGCUGCCUGGGUAUACGGGAAAGCAGGACGAGCAACAUUUCACAGAUUCGGAGGGAGAGGAGUACAUGCUCGCAGACCACAUGGAGAGAUUGCGAUACGUGGAGGCUGAUCUCCCCAAGGAAGAGGCACCACUUCUCGCGAAGGUCCUGGGCUCUGCUGUUGCGGACUUGGACAAAUUUAUGACGGAUGAACACAUGGCUCAGCUCCGUGGCAAAAUCGCGUACAACGCAUAUGGGGUCUGCUUUGGCGGAGGCCGGGAUGACAAGCCUGCACCAACUCAACGUCCAGAAGAUGUGGAGAAGACCCGAACCCCAUACGGAACCUCUCGCCAAAUUGGAUCAGGGUUCUACACACUUUCAUCGUAUCUCACCCACUCUUGUCGACCUUCUGCGCGUCCUUCGUUCGCCUCUGGCACGGCCCAGAUUCAUAUCAUUGCCAACAAUGACUUGAAACAGGGAGAUGAGGUCACCGUGGCUUUCGUUGACGUAACUCAACACGAAGGAGAGUCUGCUGUAGACUGCAGACGAAGGAGAAGGAUAGAGUUGGCUCGCGGGUGGAAAUUUGCAUGCACCUGUCAAAGGUGCGGCGAAGAGACGAUAACAGAGAGCGACGAGGUUGCUACACAAAAAGAUGAGACCAAGGUCUAAACCUGUGUCAGCCCCAAAAAUCACGGCUGAGCAGCCGCUGACAUUGUAGGCCAACAGCUUACUUGCAAACUAUUCAUGGACUUGUCACCAUAUUUAUUGCCAAAUCCACGACAUUAAUUGCCCUGGCGUGCUUGUGUUUGUGGGAAUAUCAUAGCUUCGGUUUCUGAGGGCUGAGGAGACCUAAGUCGCCCAGCCAGCUACUAAUCGUCCUGGUGACCUCAUCCUUUGCUUCCACCAUUAUCCAGUGCCCUCGUCCUUCCAACGCGACGUCUUGUAAUCGCGGGACAAACUUGCGAGCGUUGCUGACCUGGGCCGGCAUGGCAGCCGGGUCGCUCGUGCCCCAGAGAAACAAAACUGAUAAAUCGCUCGGAAGAACCGACGGAAGGUCUGCC